AUGAUUGAUCUCUCCAUCUUCAAGCUCGUCGAAGAACACAAGGUUGAAUCUUCGGUAAAGGACGUCGAAUCGUUACAGGUCACUCUAAAUCGAGACAUGGAAGAGGAUAUGCUUGGGAGGACUGAGAUGAAUCAUACUCGUAAUCUUUUACAAAUUUGUGAAUUCCUCACUAUCUUGCGAGACCUAGUCGACGAAAACAGAAAGAGGCAGCUUCUUAUUCUCUAUGAUAAAUACAAGAGGGAAAAAAUUCCAAAAGAAGGGUUCUAUCAACAAGUGAAGGAUGUUGCAGGUCGUCCAUUAACGGAACUGGCAAUUCGUAAACUGCAACAGUUACGACAGGGAAAUAUGGGGAUCAAAGCACCUGGACCAAGUCAUAACAGAGUUUCACUUACAUCUGCUGAAAUCGAUGAUCAAAAAUCUGAUCCUCGGGGAGUUCAUGUUAACCAACUGCCUUCCACAAGUUCAGGCACCUUAAGCAUUUCCUCUCCUGUGCAGGGAUUCAACAAGAAUCCCCAGCAGCACAUCCAACUUCCAUCAAGUUCAGGCACCUUAAGCAGUUCAGCAACCGGUGUUGGAGGACCAAUCAAAUCUACGAUGAACAUGACGACUGUUCCCAAGUUGGAGAAGCCAAUUUCUGUAAAUGCUACCAGUAGGGUUCAGGGUAGCGCUAUAUCUCACUUCCAAAACAACUCAUCCUUGCCUGUAGAUUUUCCUCAUUCAAUGACAACACAUCUGGACUCUAGCACAAUGGAUUAUCUCUCUGGCCCAUUUGGGACCACUCAGGCAGGAAUUAAUGUUGUGACAACACCCAACAUGCCUUCUGUUGGUCGCAAGAAGCCACUUGAGACACUAGGUUCGUCACUGCCACCAUCGAGAAAGAAGCAAAAAGUAUGUUCGACUUCUUCACGUCAGAAAUAUGAACAGCUUAAUGAUGUCACUGCAGACAUUGGCAUCAAUCUCGAGGAAGAGGAAGAACAAUUAUUAUCUUCUAGUUCCAAACAGGAUGGUCAGGUUUCCAAAGCAUUGCAAAGACUUGUGCAUGAAGAGGAAGACAGAACAUUUUUGCAGAAAAUUCCACUGCAGAGAAAGCUGACGGAAAUUAUGGUAAAAAGCGGCUUAGAGCAUAUGAGCGAUGAUGUCGAGCGGUGCUUGUCGAUGUGUGUGGAGGAAAGGAUGCAUGGACUAUUGUCUAAUAUAAUCCGAUUGUCAAAGCAGCGGACUGAUGCAGAGAAGUGUAGAAAUCGAACUUUGAUCACGUCUGAUAUUCGGAAGCAAAUCUAUGAAAUGAAUCAGAAGAUGAAAGAGGAAUGGGAAAGGAAUCACCCUGAAGAAAAGGAGCCUAAGAAUGGAGAAAAUGAUACUGAACAAGAAGACAACCGUUCAAAACAAAUGAAGGGAAAUAAGGAGGAAGAAGAGAAAAUGAGAGCUAAGGCAAAUGUUGCUGCUCAUGCAGCUGUUGGAGGAAAUGAUGUGUUUUUAAAAUGGAAACUUAUGGCAGAAGCACGUCAGAAACCGUCUACGGGGCCAGGAAAAAACUCCAAGAAACCUUGUGCUGAAACUGGUGGUAGUAGAUUUGGGAAGAACCAAGGUUCACCAAAAGUGGUCCGGUCAAUCUCUGUGAACGAUGUGAUUGCUGCGGUUGAAAAAGAGCCUCAAAUGUCCAAAUCGACGCUCUUGUAUCGCUUAUACAAUAGAGUCUACUCGGAGGAUGUUCAAAGCGAAGAGAAGAAGACAUAG